AUGUCCUUCAAUAGAUACUUCACCAUCUUCCACCCAUGCAGGCAUUCCACCAUCAUGACUUCCAGAGUCUGCUUUAUACUUGCACUCACAGCUUGGUUUGGGGGCUUUUUCUCCUUCCUUCCACAGACAGUCAUGGUGCUAAGACUUCCCUUCUGCAGCUCCAAUGUUGUUGACCAUUUCUAUUGCAACUCUGGACCUAUGCUGAAGAUUACAGGUGGGAACACACAUCUCAUUGAAGCCCUUGGUUUUCUGAUUACAGUGGCUGUGAUCCUGAGCUCUCUGCUCUUGGCAGUUGUAUCUUACAUCUUCAUUGUCUCCACAGUUCUCCACAUCCCUUCAUCCAGUGGACCAUGGAGGGCAUUCUCCACCUGCGACUCCCAUCUGAUUGUGGCCGGCAUAUUGUAUGGGCCAGUUUUUUUCAUCUACUUCAGACCUUUUACCACACGGUCUUCUUUCAACAUCAACAAAGCUGUCUUUAUACUGAAUGCUAUCAUCACUCCAGUCCAUAGCCCUUUCAUGACCCCCGGUCCAUCGGACCCCAAAUUCCCUGUCAAAUAUGUAGCCCAGCUGAGCUGGGAAAUAGCUGGUCCUAACUCUCUCACCCUGGCAUCACUGGGUUUGGAUUGUGCCCUAAAUCUAAAGCUAAAAUAUUGGCCUGAUAAAGAUCAUGUUGCAACCUUCCAGGCAUUGCUGGAUUACACCUCCCAUCAGCCCCAGCCAGCACAGCCAAUGGACAGGAUGGUGCAUUCAGCUCAUUUUAGACGUUGA